CGGAGCGGGGCCCCUCUGGUCCGCGGCGGCCGCUCGACGACUCCGCGGCGAGGUCCCUUCCGGUGCCGAGGCCGCCGCCUCCGGGCUGUUCCCCCGGCAACGCGCGGCGGGCUCAGUCCCCGCAGCCAUGGACGCGCUGUCCGGCGCCGGGCCCCGCCGGGCUCGCUGCAGCCUGGGCGCGGCGUCUCCCGGAGCGCGGGCUGCGGCGGCGCCCUGGGCGCGGUUCUCGGCCUGGCUGGAGUGCGUGUGCGUGGUCACCUUCGACCUGGAGCUGGGCCAGGCGCUGGAGCUGGUGUACCCCAGUGACUUCCGGCUCACGGACAAGGAGAAAAGCAGCAUCUGCUACCUGUCCUUCCCUGACUCCCACUCAGGCUGCCUUGGAGACACUCAGUUCAGCUUCCGCAUUCGGCAGUGCAGUGGACAGAAGAGCCCGUGGCAUGCCGAGGACCGGCACUAUAACAGUGGGGCCCCCAUGUCACUGCAACGGGAGCCGGCACACUACUUUGGUUACGUAUACUUCAGACAGGUGAAGGACAGCUCCGUGAAAAGGGGCUACUUCCAGAAGUCUCUGGUGCUGGUGUCCCGCCUGCCCUUUGUCCGGCUGUUCCAGGCGCUCCUGAGCCUGAUUGCCCCUGAGUACUUCGACAAGUCGGCCCCCUGCCUGGAAGCGGGUGAGUGGCUGUCAGCUGCUACCAGAGUGCUUUCCGUCCUGGCCGUAGCCCCCGGGCUCCUGACUCAGCCUCCUGUGUCCACAGUGUGCAGUGAGAUUGACGAGUGGCCCGCCCCUGUGCCCGGGCAGACCCUGAACCUCCCCGUUAUGGGCGUCGUCCUCCAGGUGCACAUCCCGUCCAGGGUGGACAAGCCUGAGUACGGUCCUCCGAAGCCGUGUAGCCAUGAGAAUUUGCUGCCCGCCCCAGUGAUCCUCACCAGCGUUCAUGAACUGGACCUGUUCAGGUGCUUCCAGCCGGUGCUGACCCACGUGCAGACUCUGUGGGAGCUCAUGCUCCUCGGGGAGCCCCUGGUGGUCCUGGCACCCUCACCCGCCAUGUCCUCAGAGAUGGUGCUGGCCUUAAUCAGCUGCCUACAGCCCCUCAAGUUCUGUUGUGACUACCGCCCCUACUUCACCAUCCAUGACAGCGAGUUCAAGGAGUUCACCACGCGCACACAGGCCCCACCAAACGUGGUCCUGGGAGUUACAAACCCUUUCUUUAUCAAAACACUCCAGCACUGGCCCCACAUCCUCCGUGUUGGAGAGCCCAAGAUGGCAGGGGAUCUUCCUAAGCAGGUCAAGCUGAAAAAGCCGUCUAGGCUGAAGACACUUGACACCAAGCCAGGCCUUUACACCGCGUACUCGGCCCACCUGCACCGGGACAAGGCACUGCUCAAAAGGCUGCUCAAGGGGCUGCAGAAGAAGAAGCCGUGGGACACACAGACGGCACUGCUGAGACGGCACCUCCUGGAGCUCACGCAGAGCUUUAUCAUCCCCCUGGAGCACUACAUGGCCAGCCUCAUGCCCCUGCAGAAGAACAUCACACCCUGGAAGACUCCUCCCCAGAUCCGCCCCUUCCGCCAGGAUGACUUCCUGCGCAGCCUGGAGCACGCAGGGCCCCAGCUCACCUGCAUCCUCAAGGGUGACUGGCUGGGCCUCUACAGGCGGUUUUUCAAGUCCCCCCACUUUGACGGCUGGUACCGGCAGCGGCACAAGGAGAUGGCCCAGAAGCUGGAGGCCUUGCACCUUGAGGCCAUCUGUGAGGCGCAGAACAUCGAGACUUGGAUGAAAGACAAGUCUGAGGUGGAGGUCGUGGACCUGGUCCUGAAACUUCGGGAGAAGCUGGUGCAGGCACAGGGCCACCAGCUCCCGGUGAAGGAGGCAACGCUACAGCGGGCGCAGCUGUACAUCGAGACGGUCAUUGGCUCUCUACCCAAAGACCUGCAGGCUGUCCUGUGCCCUUCCUAGGGCAGGGCCAAGGGGCGAGCUCCAGGGCCCUGGGUCCGGCCAGGCGUGAGCUCCCCAGCCCGAGUCCCCUGCUGCUGCUCUGUAGCCUUGGCCCCCCCAUCAGCUCCACUGUUGUUUCAGCAGUAAAGGUGGCAUUUGGAACCACA